AUGCUGUCGCCUUCGCUAUUGGGAGCUCACUGUGGCCCUGGCCCGACAGCUAGCCAGGUCAGUAGCGAUGUCUCGAAGAACGCCUCCGUGAUCCCUGGAUCAUCAGAUCGCAAGGCUUCACCAGUACAGCAAUGUGAUGAGGAGAUAGAAGAGUCUAUUCUGGUGGAGGACUCUCAAAUGAAGUGUCCCAGGACGGCCCAGUCCAACGAUACCCCUGGCGCUGUUAACACUAUACCUGGUGGUUCUGACGGCGCCAUCGAAAAGCAAUCCCUGAAAGCAGGCCAAGUGAAGCGCUUCACUAAGCCAGCUACAAGCCUGGAGUCUGUCGUGGACGAUACCGGUUAUUCGUUCCAGGCAGCACCCUCUUUUAGUCGGGACCAGUUCUCUGGACCACAAGCUAAACCAUACGUCCCCACAGCUCAAGAUGAACGCCAGCCAAAAAGUAACAUCUCUGCGGCUCAAAACUCGGGAGUUGACUUCAUUGUAUCUGAUCCACAAACCAUGGGUGUCGAUGAAACAACGCACUUGACCACUGAGCCUGUUGCUGGCCAGCCUGCACCAGUAUUAAUGAAGACUGUGGUAGAACACCUACCCUCCGACUCGUUCACACGGCCCCGGUCACUCAGCUCCCCCAAAUGUAUCAAUAAGGCUCCUGAGCCACGCGAGGAAGCCCUCGCUCCAGGUGUUUCACGAUACUUCUCGGGUUACGGCAGCUCAGAGGCGCGGAAUACGUCUCGGCCUCUUAGUGGCCCCGGAUUACAACCCAACAGCACAGAGGAUCAUGAUCGCCACCCCAACUUCAGCGCUGGCUCCCCUCUCCAGCCCACUGAGCAGUGCUCGAAAGAUCGAAGUAUCCAUCGGGAUGACCAUCUUCAUAGCAUCGAACAGCAGACGCCAUCCAUACCAGAGACCAAUAGCAGGAGCCUCAAAAUAGCAACAACUUCAACAAAAUUCAGAAACUCGGGUGCCAGUACAGAACAUAGCGAUCGGCUGACUCGAGGGCGAGUCGACCACAGUCCGCGUGGUUACAAACCAGAUGUUCAGCUGCAUCAUUCUCCAGGCCGGAUGCGAUUUCCACAGAAUUGUCCAGAUACACCCGCCCCCCCAGAGGCUGCUAUGGCAGAUUUGGCGAUGCCUAGUGCACGUAAAAUGAAGAACGUUGACUAUGACAGCCGCCGUUCGGGUCACGCACAUCAGACAAGUCGCCCUGUGUGUUCAAUCAAGCCUUCGAGUCCAUCGGCCUAUUCCGCAAUGUCAAGAGACUCCAACACUUCGAGACGUCGAGAUUCAGCAGUUGAAAAGAGCAAGUACCGCUCCGACAGCCGAGCCGAAAUGCAGAAGACGUUUGCCGAGUGGACUGCUAGACUUGAGGACUCCGAGAGGAAGGAGAAGAAGCUAAGUGCUAAGUUGCAGCUGCAAGCCGCCCUGAUGAGUGGGAAAUGCGAUACUAUUGAGCGUAAAGAGGCCGAGGUCGCAGCAAUGAGAGAGCGGAUAGAGGUUGGGAAACGCCAGUUAAUCAAAUGUGGUCGUGAAAGGGAUUCUAUCGCCGCAGAUUACGACCAACUCCAUGCUGAUACUCAGGACCUCCAACAGAAAUACAAGCAGGUUCAAGCCGAGGUGAAAGAGAUGCAAUGUAAAAAGGCUCAGGCAGAUGAGGAGGUUCAAAGGUUGAAGAACGAAAUUGAGGAACACAAAAGCAGGUAUGGCAAAAUGGCAACGCGACUCGCAGACUACAAAAUGCGCUUCAACGAGGCUCUUGACGAGCAGCAAAGGUUCUACAGGCAUCAAAAAGCCUUCGUUGACCGAGCGAUCCUGGACGCUGAAGAAAUGAAGCGGAAGAGUCAUGAUGAGAGUGAACGAGCCAUUGCCAGAGGAGAGCUGGUGCGCGACGAUCUCUCCAAGGCUCUUGAAGCUUGUCGUGCAUUUUCACGGAGAGAAUCUGACACAGUCAAUGCCACGCUCAGAGAUAUCGAGGCAAAGCUACAAGAUACUCAGCAGCAGCUUUUGCAAGAAGUGGAGAGAUCAAACAACCUGGAGAGUCAGCUCGACGACCAAAAUCAACACGACAAGUUAUCGGAAAGUUUUCGAGCGGGGAUGGAACAGAUCCUAGCGCAGAUAGCGAGUGACAAAGAACUCACAAAAGCCGAAGAAUCUGAUCUUUUACUCAAAAGGCAAGCUGUCUCCUCACGCGACCAAGAGCUCCAGCGCCGGGAUGAGAUGAUCAACGGCCUCACAGCGGUGCUCAAGGGGCAUUUCGAUGAGCUUGGAGCUGCGCUACGCACAACCAACACCAGUCAGGUGGAUUUACGACAUUCAAUGACCCAAUUCCAAGAGAGCAUCCAGAAUCAGCUCAGUACGCAGUUGGAAGGACACUGCUUUCGCGAGGCAGAUAUGCGCCAGGAGCUUAUUGAGAUGGCUGAAGAGAAGACUCAAUGUGCGACGCUUCUCGAUGUUCGAUACCGCCAACUAAAAGAAGUUGAGCUUUCGCAUGAAAAGAAAACGGAAGAAGCCCAAGGCCUGCGCCUUCAGAUCGCGAGCCUCGAAAGUACUGCAAAUCAGGAAGCGACUAUGGCGGACGAUAUCGCAGAGCUUCGACAGGCAUUGUCUAAUAAGGACGCCCAGAGCACCAUCCUGCAGCAGCAGAUUCAAGACCUCAAUGUAACUCACCAAAACGAAAUUGCUCUUCUGAAAAAGAACAUGGAGCUUGAAAUCUCUAGGCUGCAGGAAGAGGCUAACGUCAAGACAUUGAAGAUCUGCGACAUGGAGAGCCAACUGCGAGACCAGGCUGAAAUGCGCCAAAAAGACACUGGAGACAUCAAAGAGAGUCUUGCGAACAUCCAUGAGAGUUUGCAGCAGAAAAGGGAGGAGCCUCUUCGUUCGAUUGUCAGUGACACUAUCGAUGCUGCGAUGCAGACGGAGUAUCGCGGGACAACAAAUAGCGGAUGCGACGUUGUUUUCGAGGAUACUAUCGUCGUGCGUAGCGACGUCCGAAAUGAACAGGACGCGUCUCCCAGGCAUGUUCCUACCCUAGAGCAAGAUGCAACAGCCGAGACAGCAAGAUUACGCAGAGAUCUGGUUGACGCCGAGCAGCGAAUCGCCAAUCUAACUCAUAGGCUAAAGAGUCCAAGUCAGUCUCCCAUGGAUAACAACGCUCUCAACAGGCUCAAGCAAACCAACAAUGAGCUCUUGGUGGCCAAACAACAGUUGAGAAUACUGGAGGAGCGUGCAGUAGAUGUGGAGGGCAUGAACGAACAGUUCCAGACAAUGCUCGCGAUACAACGAGUCCUACACCACACGCACCAGUCUUGUUUGGCAGAAACAGAAGCAGCCGAGACAAGGAUGAGCAACACUGUUGGCCCUGCUCCUGUUAGACAGUUCGAUUUGGAAUCUGUAAGCCUCGAACAUUCCAAGCCACGCGGCGAUGAGCAAAACAGCUCUCAGCACGACCAUGACAACGAUGUCUCCCCUACGGCGGUCGUCGUCCAGCUCCGCGAGAAACGUAUCGUGCUACGGACACCUAGUCAAUCAGAAGCGUGCGAAGCCCUGCAAAAGGUGUCCAAUGACGAAGAGCGCACACAGAGAAGAGUUAUGGGACCGACAAAAUCGAUACUGCGUCGUCGCCCUACCACUGACUCGAAGGUGUUUGAGCCCAUCUCAGGUGGCCCGUUUAAGUUCACUCCAGCCAUAAGGAAAAGCGGGCUCCCCUCAGGCCUCAGGGCAUAUGACCAACCGGUGGUCGGGCACGUCAAGACUUUUGACCAUGUCGCUGACAAUCGUGCCAUGACAAGGUCGCUCCAAAGCAGCGCGAUGGGCCACCAUGCAAGGUUCCGAGAGUCUGGCCUACUUAGUCCCAUAGAACGUCAGCGGCGUGAGCUGCAAGCCCCAGGCCCGAGCUUGCAGGCAAUCAAAGGCAAGCGGCCAGGACAGUUCGAAAGCGUCACAGAAAGCAAGAGACCACGGGUGGACGAUGACAUCGAAGAUGUAACGGAAGCAGAAGAGGUCUCCCGUCACUUUUCGACCAAACCCGGCAGCUCUGGCGCGACAGCGGGGCCAAAGUUGUGUCCAGCAGAGCAGCGUGAUCGUCCGAGAAAGGUGACGAAGACAUAUUCCAAACUGAAUCCUGUCAAAGAGACGAUGGCCGUUUCUUGA